UCAUAAGGUAAUCGUCAAAUUAUGUCAAAACAUUUUUUUAGGUUAUAAACGUGACUAUUUCAAGAAAGUAUUCAGAUAUUGCAAUGUUAUGUAAAAUUUGAUACACUACUUGUAUUCAAAUCCAUAACUAAUAUUUGUGUAUAGUGAAAGCUUCCAAAAUGGUGCGACAAAACAACCAGUUACCCAACAACUUAACACAGUUACAAAAUUUAAUAAAACGAGAUCCAGAGUCGUACAAAGAAGAGUUUCAACAGCAGUUGGCACAUUUUGAGACAACUUUAGAGAUUUUUAACUUAAAUCCGACGCAGUAUAACAAGAAAUUGGAUGAACAGGCAAUGUUCCUGGCACAAGUGGCGCAGUGCUAUCUCAACGAAAUGAAACAGUUCCCGCAGAAAAUCGUAGAUAUUUUGAAGACACAUAACACUACUCUCCAUAAUGAAAUGCGAUUAGCUUUGUGCAAAUGUCUUAUAUUAUUGAGAAACAAAAAUUUUGUCACUCCCUUUGAUUUAAUGGAAUUAUUUUUCUCGCUUCUGAAAUGCCAGGAUAAGUUUUUGAGGGAGUUUUUAAAGACUCACAUAAUCACAGACAUUAAAAAUAUGAAUAUGAAGCACAAAGACAUGAAACUGAAUUCUACAUUACAAAAUUUCAUAUUCUCUAUGCUUCAAGACUCUAAUGCCAAAGCUGCAAAGUUAUCUGUUGAUAUUCUGGUAGAACUGUACCACAAGAACAUUUGGAAUGAUCAUAAAACAGUGAACAUUAUUGCUGAUAUUGGAUGUUUCUCCAAAAUCACUAAGGUUAUGGUUGCAUCAUUAAAAUUCUUCUUGGGAAGGGAUGAAGAACAAGAAAAAAAGGAUUCAGACAGUGAAGACGAAAUUGAUCCCAAAGACACAAUGAUAUCUAACAAGUUUAAUAAGAAGACAAGAAAAAGAGAAAAAAUGGUGGAUAAAGUUAAGAAAAUUGCCAAGAAAAUGAAAAAGAAGAAGCAAAAAGCCCCAAUCUUCAACUUCUCUGCUUUACAUUUAAUAAACAAUCCUCAAGGAUUUGCAGAGAAACUAUUUAAACAGCUAGAGGCUUCAAAUGAAAGGUUUGAAGUGAAGCUUAUGAUGUUAGAUGUGACAUCCAGGUUAAUUGGUCUGCACAAUCUGUUCUUAUUUAAUUACUAUCCAUUUAUUGCAAGACUGCUUUUACCACAUCAAAGAGAAGUUACAAGAAUACUCCAAUUUGCUGCCCAAGCAUCUCAUGAACUAGUCCCACCUGAAGUUAUAGAACCAGUCAUGAAGGCUAUUGCAAAUAACUUUAUAACAGAAAGAAAUUCCACUGAUGUCAUGGCAGUUGGUCUAAAUGCAGUCAGAGAAAUUUGUGCAAGAUGCCCUCUUGCUAUCAAUGAAGAUUUGCUCAGAGACUUGGUGCAGUAUAAAAACUAUAAAGAAAAGUCAGUAAUGAUGGCUGCUAGGUCACUUAUACAACUAUACAGACAAUCAAUGCCUGAACUUUUGCACAAGAAAGACAGAGGUAGGCCUACUGAAGCAUCACUUGAGUUGAAAACAAAGAAAUAUGGUGAACUUGAAAUUAACGACUACAUACCAGGCUCUGAAGUGUUGUUACAAAAGGAGGAAAUUACUGACAAAAAGGAUAAAAAUGAUAAGAAGAAAAAGAAAAAAGAUGAUUCUGACAGUGAAGAAUGGGUUGAUGUUGCAUCAUCUGAUUCAGAAAUAGAAAUAACUUCAGACAGUGAUACCAGUGAUGACGAGGAAGUUGAAGAAGAGGAAGAAGAAGAAACUGAGGGUAAAGAUGGAGAAAACAAUGAAGAAGAAUCACAAAAUGGUGACAAACCCAAUGAGUCGCAAACUCCAAAAGAGGGAGAUAGGAAAAUAUUAAAAGCUAAACGCAAACUUGAUAAAGAAGAAAAGGUAAAGAAUGCGCGUGAAAUUGCUAUGGAGAAAAUAUUUACUGAUGAAGAUUUUAAAAGAAUACAAUCUGCUCAAAUAAAGAAAAACAUAAGUGGUGUUAAACGAAAAUCUAAUGUUGUAGAAGAAGAACCAGAAGAGACAGGAGAACUUGUACAACUUUCAGCUAUUGAAAACAUUUAUAAGAAAAAGAAGCAUGACAAGAGUGCUAGACUAGAGACUGUUAUGAAAGGCAGAGAAGAGAGAGAUAAAUUUGGGUAUAAAGACCGAAGGAAGAACAUACAUUGUUCAAAAACAAAUAGGGAAAAAAGGAAGACUAAAAACUAUCAAAUGGUGAAACACAAGGCUAAAGGAAAAAUUAAGAGAUCAUUUAAGGAUAAGCAGAUUGCUUUCAGAAACUAUUUAAUUAAGCAAAAGAAAAUGCGAUAACUUUUCAUACACAUGUUUGCUCUGCAUAAUUUGCAUGUAAAUAUACAAUUCCAAAUUAU